UCGUGGUGACGGUGUGGCAGCGCGACACGGAGCCGCCGGAGCUGCAGGAGGGGACGGCGCCGGGACAGGUGACAAUGACAGCGCCGGGACAGAUGACAGUGACGGGGACAGGGACAGGCGGGUACCUGAGGCUGCUCCAGGGCCGCGCCCCCGGCCAGGUGUUCCGGCAGCAGCACGGAGCCUUCAAGGCACAAGUGUCCACGCUGCUGACGGUGCUGCCGCCCCCCCGUGUCCGGUGCCGCCAGGUGACCGUGUCCGGCAAAUACCUGACCGUGCUCAAAGUGGCCAACGGCAGCUCCCAGGACGAGCUCUCCGUGUGGGACGUUCAGGUGCUCCCCAAUUUCAACGCCAGUUACCUGCCCGUGAUGCCCGACGGCUCCGUGCUGCUCGUGGACGACGUGUGCCACCACUCGGGCGAGGUCCCCGUGGGCGCCUUCUGCCGUGUCCCCGGCUGUCACUCGCGGUGGCCGUGUCCCCUGAGCGCCCUGGAGGAGCAGAACUUCCUGUUCCAGCUGCAGGCGCCCGAGCGGCCGCCCCGCGACGCCAAGGAGCAGGGCCUGGAGGUGCCGCUGGUGGCCGUGGUGCGGUGGUCGACGCCCAAGCUGCCCUUCACCAACAGCAUCGUCACCCACUACCGGCUGCCGAGCAUCCGCCUGGAGCGGCCGCGCUUCGUCAUGACGGCCACCUGCGAGUCGCCCGUGGUGGCCCUGCAGCGCUUCACCGUCACCUACACCCUGCUCAACGACCUGCAGGACUUCCUGGCCGUCAGGCUGGUGUGGACACCCGAGGCCACCGCCGGCCGCUCCCGGGGCGCUCUGGACUCGCUCGUCUGUCACUCUCCGCUCACCAACCUGGGCUACUCCCGCAAGGGCAGCGCCCGCACCUUCCGGCUGUCCUUCCAGGCGCUGCGGGCCGGCCUCUUCGAGCUGUCGCAGCACAUGAAGCUGAAGCUGCAGUUCACGGCCAGCGUCAGCAGCGCCCCGCCCGAGGCGCGCCCGCUCUCGCGGAAGAGCAGCCCCAGCUCCCCGGCCGUGCGCGAGCUGGUGGCGGGGCUGGGCCGCUCCCAGUCCUUCUCGCACCAGCAGCCGGCCCGCAGCCACCUCAUGAGGUCCGGCAGCGUCAUGGAGCGCAGGGCCAUCACGCCGCCCGUGGGCUCCCCGGUGGGACGUCCCCUGUACCUGCCCGCGGGUGACAAAGCCGUGCUGGCCCUGGACAAGAUCGCCAAGAGGGAGUGCAAGGUGCUGGUGGUGCCACCCGUGCAGUGACACCUGGGGACACCUGGGGACACCUGGGGACAGCGCCACAACCGUGGGGACAUCGCUGGGACCAUGGGGACAACGUGGGGACAGCUGGGGGCAUCGCUGGGACCAUGGGGACAUGGCUGGGGUGGCACCAGGACAGUGGGGACACCUUGGGGACAGGGGGACAAUGGGGACAGGGCCACCGCCGGUGUCCCCAGAGCCUCAGGGCCACUCCCAGGACACUGGGGACACUGGGGACACUGGGGACAGGGCCACCCCCAGUGUCCCCAGAGCCUCAGGGCCACUCCCAGGACAUUGGGGACAGGGACCAAGGGGACAGGGCCACCACCAGAGCCUUGGGGACAUUGGGGACAGGGCCACCACCGGUGUCCCCAGAGCCAGGUGACAAUGGGGGGGGGGUCGCUGCCACUGCCACGUGCCAUGGAGGGGACCUUGGGGACACCUUGGGGACACCUUGGGGACGCGGCCUGGAGCCGUGCCCACCUUCGGGGUCGGGAUUUUGGGGACAUUUGGGGACAUGGGGGAAAUGUCCCCGAG